UCCGGGGUUUUUCACUGUUUUAACUGAAAAUUACCAUAAAAUCGAAAUUUGUCUUUGAAUUUAUUAACAUACAGGUCGUUUCUAUUAUUUCGGGUGUUUUUAUCAAAUUUAAAAAUAGGCCUCUGCUCUAUAUUAUAGGGACUGGCACGCAUGUGUCCUAGCGUAGCCCAGCGGAAGAAAAUCGAUAGAUAAAGGGCUUGAGCGGUUAAUUGCCGGCUUUUUUACGAAAAAAUCCAUAAAUAAGGAAAAUGAGUCAAACUGACCCAUCCCAGAAGUCACCUCCCCCCAAUAUAACUGAGGACAAGAAGAGUAUCCAAGAGGAGGAAAGAGAAAAAAUCUUAAAUAUAGAAAACGAACAGAAGACUAUGGCAUCCAGUGUUAUUGAAACCUCGGACGAAAAGAAGCCAAAAGAGAUAAAAGAAGGUAUGGAAGUGAAACCGAAGAAAAUCCCUAUAGGUGGCAUUCAGAUGCCUGGAUUUUUCACCCGAAGCAAAUCCAAGGAACAGUGCAAGGAGGACGAUCAAAUUGAGGGCACCGAACUGAUUGAGCAGGACAAAAGUGAAAAAAAAGAGGACAAUUCUGCUUUGGCUACAAAAAUUAAACUGCCCAACCCGUUUAAAAAAACCAAACCCAGUGAUCCUGAAGAAGGUGAUAAGGCUGUAGAACCGAAAGACAAAAUAAAACUUCUAGACACCAUAAGAAUGCCCUUGGUCUCCGUAUUUCAACGUAUGAAACGGAAUUCGGAGUCUCAAAAUUUGACUACUAACAGUCAAGCAGGGUUGGCUUCAUUGGAAACUUUAGACGAGAAAAGUGCCAACGAGAAGGACGACAUGAAAAACGUAAAUUUGAACGAGAAAAAGGAUGACGAAAAACAUGCGGAACAAGAGGACGUCAACUGGAUGGAAAAAUUGAAAGGAUACAAAAUCGCCAUCG